GUUCCCCCAGUGUGUCCCGUCUUUCCCAUCGCUCUUUCUCUCUUUCUCGCUCUCUCUCCCACCCGCACGACUGUCCAGCUGGCAAUUCACUGCCAUUACAGCGGUUUAUCACUGUUCAUUAGGUGCCUUUCUUUGCUUCGUACAAGGUCUCGGUCCUGAAGCAGGUAUCUAUUCUUUUCUGGAUGCUUUUCAGGUUCUGUGCAUAAAUACAAACUUCAUGAAACUGUGCUAAGACUCAGUGUGGGGAAACCGACUAACUUAAGAGCCACACAUGGAGCUGUGUCAGUGGUGGCUACACAUUUUUGUCUUCUUACUUAAUGCUUGGAUUCCAUCAUGCUUUGCCCAAACCCCACCACCAGUGCGCUCCAGCCCCACACCGACCCCUCAGACGAGUCAGACGGCAGAAGGGCCAGAAACUCUGAAGUUCCGCUUGUCUGGUUUCCCCAGGAAACACAACGAGGGACGAAUUGAGGUGUUUUAUAAAGAUGAGUGGGGGACCAUCUGUGAUGAUGACUUCUCACUGGCCAAUGCUCAUGUCCUCUGCCGGCAGCUCGGCUUUGUGUCCGCCACGGGCUGGGCACACAGCGCCAAGUAUGGCAAGGGCACAGGGAAGAUUUGGCUUGACAAUGUGCAGUGCAGUGGCAGUGAACGGAGCGUGUCGGUGUGUAAGUCUCGCGGCUGGGGCAACAGUGACUGCACUCAUGAUGAGGACGCUGGAGUGAUCUGUAAAGAUGAGAGACUGCCAGGAUACGUGGACUCCAACGUUAUAGAGGUGCAGGUGAAUGAGAAUAAAGUGGAGGAGGUCCGUUUGCGUCCCGUGUUCACUAUUGCAACUAAGCGGAUGCCGGUCACCGAGGGAGUGGUGGAAGUCAAGAAUAAGGACGGGUGGGCUCAGAUCUGCGAUAAUGGUUGGACACCCAAAAAUUCUCGAGUGGUUUGUGGCAUGAUGGGAUUCCCUCACGAGAAGAAGGUCAACAAGAACUUCUACAAGCAUCUCAGAAAGAGAUCUGCUGAGCCAAAAGCUAAAGUUAAAGUAACAGCGGCCAGGCAGGGGCCCAAAGCUAAGACUAUCACUAAAACUAGUUCUAAGCAUAAACCGGGCAAAUCAGCUGCAGCUAAAAGGCUGUAUGCUGAGCGGCAGAAGAAUCACUUCCUGGUUCAUUCAGUGGCAUGCUUAGGCACAGAAGUGCACUUGGCUGCAUGUCCUCUAGAGUUUAACUAUGGCAAUGCCACAGAGUCGUGUCCUGGAGGAAUGCCUGCUGUGGUCAGCUGUGUACCUGGUCCACUGUACGCACAGAGCGCUACCAUGAGGAAGAAACUUAAGAUGCCGUCUGCUAUACGCCUGAAGGGUGGAGCGAAACAUGGUGAGGGUCGUGUCGAGGUGUUGAAGGGCAGUGAAUGGGGGACGGUUUGCGAUGAUCGCUGGAACCUGCUCUCUGCCAGCGUCGUAUGCAGAGAAUUAGGCUUCGGCUCUGCCAAAGAAGCCCUCACAGGUGCCCGCAUGGGACAAGGGUUUGGGCCUAUCCAUAUGAAUGAGGUGCAGUGCACUGGUCAUGAGCGCUCUCUAUUGAACUGCCGCUAUAAAAACAUCACUACUGAGGACUGCAAACACACUGAAGAUGCUUCAGUCCGCUGCAAUGUCCCAUAUAUGGGCUAUGAGAAGACGGUGCGCAUCUCAGGGGGCCGAACUCGCUAUGAGGGCCGUGUGGAGGUGUUGCAAACUGAGGCCAAUGGGACGUUGCGCUGGGGCCUGAUCUGUGGAGAAGGCUGGGGCACUGAGGAGGCCAUGGUUGUGUGCAGGCAGCUGGGCCUCGGGUACGCCAACCAUGGUCUACAAGUGCGUCUGUCAGGUGGGCGGUCACAGUAUGAAGGGCGAGUGGAGGUGCGGGUGGGGCAGCGUUGGGGCAGUGUAUGCAGUGAGGGCUGGACCACCAAAGAGGCCAUGGUGGCAUGCAGGCAGCUAGGGCUGGGGUUCAGCAUGCAUGCUAUUACAGAAACAUGGUAUUGGGAUAGCAGUAACGUGACAGAGAUGGUUAUGAGCGGAGUGAAAUGUACUGGAGAUGAGAUGUCUCUGAGCCAGUGCCAACACCACAGAACGGUCAACUGCCAGAAAGCAAAUGCACGAUUCUCAGCAGGAGUUAUCUGCUCGGAAACUGCAUCAGAUCUAGUGCUGAACGCACCAUUAGUGCAGCAGACGACGUAUAUAGAGGACCGGCCGUUACACAUGCUGUACUGUGCAGCAGAGGAGGACUGUCUGUCCAAGACCGCUGCUAAAGCUAACUGGCCUUACGGUCAUCGCCGCCUGCUCCGCUUCUCCUCACAGAUACACAACAUCGGACGAGCUGACUUCAGGCCCAAAGCUGGUCGUCACUCAUGGGUCUGGCACGCAUGUCACGGGCAUUAUCAUAGUAUGGACAUCUUCACACACUAUGACCUGAUGUCUGCCAAUGGCACUAAAGUGGCAGAAGGACACAAAGCCAGCUUCUGCCUGGAGGACACUGAUUGUGACGAGGGCGUUUCCAAGAGGUAUGAGUGUGCCAACUUUGGUGAGCAGGGCAUCACAGUGGGAUGCUGGGAUUUGUAUCGCCAUGACAUUGAUUGCCAGUGGAUCGACAUUACUGAUGUCAAACCAGGAAAUUAUAUCCUUCAGGUUGUCAUAAAUCCCAACUAUGAGGUUGCUGAGAGUGAUUUCACAAACAAUGCCAUGAAAUGUAACUGCAAAUAUGACGGCCACAGGAUCUGGGUCCAUAAUUGCCAUAUUGGUGAUGCUUUCAGUGAGGAGGCUGAGAAGAAGUUUGAGAAAUACCCUGGACAACUUAACAACCAGAUCUCAUAAUCAUAUCACCAGAUUUUAACUAAUUAUCAUAUUGAGACAAUCUAACAUGUAGGUUAAUCCAGAAUAAAAUAUUUAUUCAUUCAAACCAGCCAUAAACUAAUUAUCGUCUCACAUUGCAAAUCCUAAAAUCUACAAUAUCCAGUGUUUUAACACCAACAGUAUAGUUGUAUUGACAUUACCUGUAAUUUCCCACAAAAACAGAACUCUAAAAGACACUCUGGGCCACUGAGUCUGGCUUAAGUAGUGUGAAGAUUAGAUGUAAAUGAACAUUUGCCUCAGGCCGUGCAGUGGUACAGCCUGCUGUAUUUGUUUACAGUGCAAUCAGGUGCUUAUUUUCUUAAAGGUUUAAAAAGCCUUGUUGAUGCAUCACACAGCCAAUGUGCUGCUGUCUCUGUGAGUUAAAAGUACUUGAAUGUUUCGUAUUCCAGAUGAGCAUUCGUGUUUAAAAGCUGUUGCAAAGUGUGAAUGUAUGUUAUGCUUCAAAGCUCUGACUCAAUGUAGGAUCCUAUUUUACUUUCAAAUGGUCUUUUAUGUAUGACUUGUUAAAGCUUCAGUGACGUUUUUUACACACUGUCCUGUUUAUGCAUUCAUGUGUUCAGAUACAGUAAUAUUAACAUUUCAUAUCACGUGGAACUGUUAAAGACGAAAAAUAAAGUAUUUAAAGUUGUAAUACAAAUAAUUUCAAGUUUCAUGAGCCAAUAAACAUAAAUGGUCAUAAUGAA